AUGGCUCCCGCUGUCGGUAUCGAUUUGGGUACGACGUACUCGUGCGUCGGUAUCUUCCGUGAUGACCGUAUCGAGAUUAUCGCCAACGACCAGGGUAACCGCACAACCCCCUCGUUCGUUGCCUUCACCGACACCGAGCGUUUGAUCGGUGACUCGGCGAAGAACCAGGUCGCCAUGAACCCCGCCAACACCGUCUUCGACGCCAAGCGAUUGAUUGGUCGCAAGUUCGCCGACGCUGAGGUUCAGGCCGACAUGAAGCACUUCCCCUUCAAGAUCAUCGAUAAGGCUGGCAAGCCCGUUGUCCAGGUCGAGUUCAAGGGCGAGACCAAGCAAUUCACACCCGAGGAAAUCUCCUCCAUGGUCCUCGUCAAGAUGCGCGAGACCGCUGAGAGCUACCUCGGUGGCACCGUCAACAACGCCGUUGUGACUGUCCCCGCCUACUUCAACGACUCUCAACGUCAGGCUACCAAGGAUGCUGGUCUCAUUGCUGGCCUCAACGUCCUCCGUAUCAUCAACGAGCCUACCGCCGCUGCCAUUGCCUACGGUCUUGACAAGAAGACCACUGGUGAGCGCAACGUCUUGAUCUUCGAUCUUGGAGGUGGUACCUUCGAUGUCUCCCUCUUGACCAUUGAGGAGGGUAUCUUCGAAGUCAAGUCCACUGCCGGUGACACUCACUUGGGUGGUGAGGACUUCGACAACCGUCUCGUCAACCACUUCACCAACGAAUUCAAGCGUAAGCACAAGAAGGACCUCACCUCCAACGCUCGUGCUCUCCGUCGUCUCCGCACCGCUUGCGAGCGUGCCAAGCGUACUCUCUCUUCCUCUGCCCAGACCUCCAUCGAGAUCGACUCUCUCUACGAGGGAAUUGACUUCUACACCUCCAUCACUCGUGCUCGUUUCGAGGAGUUGUGCCAGGAUCUCUUCCGCUCCACCAUGGAGCCCGUCGAGCGUGUCCUCCGCGACGCUAAGAUCGACAAGUCCUCCGUCCACGAGAUCGUCUUGGUCGGUGGUUCCACUCGUAUCCCCAAGGUCCAGAAGAUGGUCUCCGACUUCUUCAACGGCAAGGAGCCCAACAAGUCCAUCAACCCCGAUGAGGCUGUUGCCUACGGUGCCGCUGUCCAGGCUGCUAUCUUGUCUGGUGACACUUCUUCCAAGUCCACCAACGAGAUCCUCCUUUUGGAUGUCGCCCCGCUCUCUCUCGGUAUCGAGACUGCCGGUGGUGUCAUGACUCCUUUGAUCAAGCGCAACACCACCAUCCCCACCAAGAAGUCUGAGGUCUUCUCCACCUUCAGCGACAACCAGCCCGGUGUACUCAUCCAGGUAUACGAAGGCGAACGUGCUAGAACAAAAGACAACAACCUCAUGGGCAAGUUCGAACUUACCGGCAUUCCCCCUGCUCCCCGUGGUGUUCCCCAAAUUGAGGUCACCUUCGACUUGGAUGCCAACGGCAUCAUGAACGUGUCUGCUCUCGAGAAGGGCACCGGCAAGACCAACAAGAUCGUCAUCACCAACGACAAGGGCCGCUUGUCCAAGGAGGAGAUCGAGCGCAUGUUGGCUGAGGCCGAGAAGUACAAGGAGGAGGAUGAGGCUGAGGCUGGCCGUAUCUCCGCCAAGAACGCUCUCGAGUCCUACGCCUACUCCCUCCGCAACACUCUCUCCGACAGCAAGGUCGAGGAGAAGCUUGAUGCUGGUGACAAGGAGAAGCUCAAGUCCGAGAUCGACAAGGUCGUCCAGUGGCUCGACGACAGCCAGCAGGCCACCAAGGAGGAGUACGAGUCUCAGCAGAAGGAGCUCGAGGCCGUUGCCAACCCCAUCAUGAUGAAGUUCUACGGCGCUGGCGGCGAGGGUGGCAUGCCCGGCGGCAUGCCCGGAGGUGCCGGAUUCCCCGGUGCUGGCGGUGCUGCUCCCGGCGGUGCCGGCCACGACGAUGGCCCAACUGUUGAGGAGGUCGACUAAGCGUCUCGCUUCUUCGAUCUUGUUCUAUCUUCAUUAUCCGCAUAGAGGGGUUAUUCCUUUGGUUGGCGGUUUUUCUUUCGGAGUUUAGGUCUCUUUUCAUUGCAUGAGUCACGAUUAUGACUGGGUGGGAAAAGUUCCAGGUAGCUGAUGGAUGAUAUUCGUCUGUGUAGCUGAAUCAUGAGAUCCGAUAAUACAUGUUCAAAGUUCAA